CAAUUUUUAGCUUUACCAUUGGCUUACUAAACCACUAACCUUGAUUUAUUAGUGUAUGUAGUAAGUGAGUCGUGUGGGUGGAUCAAGGGGGUGGUAUUAUGACCUUGAGGAUGAUUGGCGAAACAGUUAUACAAAUAAACAAUGUCUGAACCAAAUAUACUAAUUAGUGACUUUGCAUUUAAUCAACAUGACGUGUGACUAUCGAGCUGCAAAGUCGGGCUUUGCUCUAGACGUACAACAAAAGCUUGCGGAGAAGUUUGAUGGGAAGGAGGCAGCCAAAACCCUUCGAUGGAUUAGGUUGUUGACUCCACCAGACGUCAAACCUCCUGGUCCAAUGUCUGAGGCCGUUGAAAAAAUACCAAAGAACAUUGAUGAUGUGACUAUGGAUGAGUAUUUUGAAUAUUUGUACAAUGGCCUUACUUUGGGUUAUUUGAUGGCAUGUCUGGAUCCCAAUUUUGCGUCGAAAGUGAACAGCAGUAGAACUUGGCAAGUCGCAGAGAAGACUAUUUUCGAAACCCCUCGACAGCGUGAACGUAUUGGUGUAUUUUUACAGUUUGCCGCUGAUCUUGGCGUCAAUUCCGCAUCUCGUUUCCAGACUGAUCAGUUGUAUGAAAAAACAAAUCUUCCUCAAGUUGUCGUCUGUCUUAGCCAACUUGGGAUUGAAGCACAAGCUAAACCCGGUUUCAGAGGUCCAUCUGACUUUUGGGUUCACAAGCAUAAAGAAAACAAGCGUGCUUUUACAGAAGAACAGCUUCGCUCGGGAGAAACUGUGAUUGGAUUGCAAGCAGGAUACACUGGCGGCGCUACCGCCUCUGGUGUCAACUUUGGCGGUCGCAGACACAUAACAGAUACCUUCUAGAGUUUCUACUUGUUUCCAAAUAUACCUAUUUCGGACUUACACAAUCCUACCCUCAGUGAACCGUUUAAACUUGUGUUUUUGAUGGAAGUACUUGUGACUUCUGAUUUUACAGACCAAACAGAUUUGAUGAUCAGCUCUGCUUACAUCAAAAUUCCCAAUAUUUCUGUCUUUUAUGACGCUUGCACAGAAUAAACUACUAUAACUAUUUUUCUUACAGUAUCACAUGAAGCUGAAUGUAAUCUGAGAGGUAAAUAAAGUGGUUUGUGUUUUU